CUCGCCGGCGUCGGCGUCUGCCACAGACUCCGGACGCAUUAACACAAUCAAAUACGGCUUGCCAGUACGAUCUUGGAGCAUCAUGGAGUCAAUAUCCAAGAUCUCGAGCAUGCUGGAGACAGCACGAGACCUCACCAUAGAAGCAGCACGCGAUGCCAGUUUCACUCGCAAGGCCCCGACGAGACCUAUACCGUCCAUAGCUUUGAAGAAGCUGCUAGAUAGCAGGAAGGAGAGCGAUGUUCUGGAAGGGAUGCGGCGCGUUACCUCAAUGUCGUACAAGAAGCAAGCCACCUUACAGUACUUCUCGCAUGUCGUAAAGAACAUCGCCUCGCCAAAUCUCGAAAUUAAGAAGCUCGUCUAUUCCUAUCUUGUUCAACAUGCGGAGGAGGCCCCCGAUACUGCUUUGCUGUCCAUCAACACCAUUCAAAAGUCUCUGUCGGAUACAGACCCACACCUCCGUGCGCUUGCGCUACGCACAAUGUCAAGCAUUCGAGUUCCUGUCAUAUCACAAAUCGUAGCGUUAGGAAUAAAAAGGGGGGUAGGCGACAUGAGCCCGUACGUACGCCGUGCCGCAGCUCUGGCAAUUCCAAAGUGCUACAGAUUGAAUCCGGACACCAUGCCCUUACUAGAGGAACAGUUGGGGAUCUUAUUAGGUGACAAGAGCUACUAUGUAGCUGGGGCAGCCGUAAUGGCGUUUCUGGAGCUGUGUCCGGACCGUAUCGAUUUGCUGCAUUCUCACUAUCGAGGCCUGAUCAAGAAGCUGGUCGACAUGGACGAGUGGGGUCAGCUGGCAACGAUUCGGGUCAUGAUGGUUUACGCAAGACGCUGCUUCCCACGUCGAUUAAAAAGGGAAAAGAAGGCAAAGGACCAAACACCUUCUGCAACUACGGAGGCUGUCCAUGGUGAUACCUCUGAAGAUAGCGCAUCCAAGAUCUACUCGGAUUCACUAUCAGAUGACGCUUUCUCUCUGGACGCGGACUUGGAAGCAUUGCUCACGUCUGCCAAGUCACUGCUAAUGUCACGGAAUUCGGCUGUCAUCGUUGCUGUUGCGCGCAUGUAUCUCUACAUUGGGACCGCAUCCUACCUUCAACUUGCAAUCGGACCUCUACUAUCGCUUUUGCGAGCCGGUCAAGAUGUCCAACAAGUGGCGUUGCACAAUAUUAUCCAAAUAUGCCUUCGUCAUCCACAGCUCUUCUCAUCAUACGCAUCGCACUUUCUUCUGCACUCCCGCGACGGUCCGAUAAUACAAGAUUUAAAGCUUGAAUUGCUCACCUUGAUCUUUCCCUAUACGAACUCUAUUACCCGGUCUCUAAUUCUCUCUGAACUGUCGCAUUUCACAAACUCGUCUGACGAGCAUUUGGUCCGAGCUGCCGUAGAAGCAAUUGGACGAUGUGCACAGAGUUCACCAACGCCGGAACUGAGCUCGCAAUGUUUGCGGCUUCUACUUACGCAAUUGUCCUCACCAGAUGCGCAUCUAGUUGCUUCCUCACUCGAUGUGAUAAGGCACCUCAUUCAACGCGAUCCACAAGCGCACGUGAAAACUAUUGUACGAUUAGCAAAGAGUCUCGAUGCACUUACUGCGCCGUCAGCCCGAGCAAGUAUUAUCUGGCUGGUCAGCGAAUACGCAACAUUAGACCAAGAAAAUAGCAUCGGGGCUGAUGUUCUUCGAAUAUUAAUUAAAGGUUAUGCGGAAGAAGAAGACGAGGUCAAGGCGCAGAUUAUCUUGCUUGCCGCAAAGGUUUACCUUCAGUACCUUCUCACGAGCAAAAAGACGGCCCAGCUAAAUACACUACAAUUGACACAGCAAGAACAAAGUAAUCACGAUCAGACUACAAGCAACGAGCUUCAGGAAAGCGCCUGGAUAGAUGAUACAAAACCCAACAUCGAUAAUGAUGAAGAUGACAAUCAUCCUAUUCCGCGUUUAUGGCGCCACACACUGCUUCUUUCUCGCUACACGCCGAACUACGAUCUUCGCGACAGAACGAGGCUAUACCUUUCACUUCUAUCCACUCCAAAAACGUCCACAGAUCUUGCUUCAUUGCUUCUGCUAGCUCCAAAGCCCGUCCCCUUGGCACCGUCACCCAGCCAAGCACGCAAGGGCUUCCUGGUUGGAUCUGCUAGUCUUAUAAUUGGACAUUCUGGCUUAAAAGGUUACGAAGAUCUUCCUCCUUGGGUUAAAGAAGGUGAAGAACCUGACCCUAGGCUGCGGGAUGUCGGAAGCAGCGGAAGUAACGAGUAUAUGUCUGGUCAGAGCAUGAGUGCAGCCCAACAGCUGGACUCUAUGGCUGCUCGUCAAGGCAGUACAUUUGCUGCUGCAGGAAAAGUGAACGGCUUGAACAAAAUUGUCGGGCCAGGGAAAGAAAAGACACUCGAUGAUUGGCUUGAUGAGGAUGAAGGAGAGGAUGAUGAAAAUGAGGAUGAAAACAGCACAGAAGAGGAGACAGAAAGCGAGGAGGAAAGCGAGGAAGAGGAGGAGGAGGAGGAGGAGGAGGAGGAGGAAAGUGAGUAUGAGACUGACAGCGAGGAAGAGACAGAUGAGAGAUCUGGGCUGGUGAAAUGAUAGCAUUAUUUUGGAUUCAAGAGACGCAUGUCCUUCUUGCACGUCAGGAUGUCGAAGCGGCAUUUUCCAUAUCGAUCUGCGAAGAAACCUUUGUGAAUGGACGGGCAUUUUUCUCAAGACGCACUACCUAAACGUCAUCGAUACCGUUUUUUGGAUCCAAGGAAUGAACAACAUAUUGCGUCUCUCUCAAAGCUGGAGAUUCAGAGUCAAUGGUGCACAUGACAACACUAGGAAUUGGAGCGGAUGUCCAAAAAUUUGUGCAUAUAAGGGCAAUACACAUUUUAUGCAUAGCAGCAUUUUGUUAUCCUCCAACCACACGAUGACUCUUCAGCUGGGAAUAAAAUAUAUUCCGUCAUCUAGGUGAAUGAGGCAUCGAUACUCAGACAACAACACCUUUAGAGGCAUAUCGUAGCUCCUGGUCUUCGGCUAAUCCCCCACUCGCAACAUUGUCUUUCGCGUAAUAGGCACCUACUGCUUGGUGGCCCAGGCAAAUAAUGCUGCAGUUGUCGGAUUUGCAGUCCAUCCAUGACGCACUACGUCACGGCUCCAUUUCUGGGCGGAUGGCACAUCUAUAAGAUUGCGGCUUCUAUAACCCAAUCGAGCCAAGCCAGAAUAAACAACGACAUUGAAAAGUCUUCCUGGCAUCCCUACCAUCAUUUCACUUACGGUGCCUCCUAUGACUAGCCACGUCGCUCUAAUCGGAUCGGUCAGGUACAACUUCCAAGCGUCUUCACCAAAAUGGUCUUCGAAUUGUUGCACAGACUUGUCGUAGGUUGGCGGCAAGGGCUCAAAUGCGUGGUUGAACACCUUGAGAAAGGCAAGCCACAAAAUCGAUGCCUUUGCGAAAUUUAGAAUGUCAAUCUCUCGGUAGUACUCGGUGAGCGUCUCAAUGAGCAAUUUUGCCGUGACAGCAAACAGAACUUGCGCAGUCAUGAUCGAGGCAGCAAACACGGUGUCCCUGUACGAGAAGGCCUGGAUCGCAAGUAAGACCAGAAGAAUGCCGGUUCCGAUUCGACCAAACGUUAAUUCUACGACCAAAGUCCACAAGAAGGCCUGACCAACUUUCGCGGCGGCGUGGAUGGAUCGCGAGAUUUGUUUUUGGUGAAAGAUGGUGUAGAUGAAAAAUUGGAAGUUGAAGCCAUCACUGGUGAAUUGGCGGCGCAAUUCGCCAGUGUAAGAAGGAGCAUGAUUUGUGGCAAGCCAAAUAGGUGCAAAAUGGCAGAAUUGCAUAUAUCCGAUAGCACCAGCGAAGAACAAAUCGGCGAGAGCGGCAUUAAGCUCUAGGAAAGAAGGCGUCGUGGUAGAGGCAAGUCCCUUCCAUGUCGGAGACGUGCUUACCACGAUCCCAAUGCCGACGAGCAAAGAUAUCAGAAAAGAUAUGGUCGUUUUCAUAGCGGCAGCUAGCAGAUUGAAGGUACACACCAGGGAAAUUUCUUGCUCAUGCCAUGGAUGUUAAGAGGGGUGAUGCACUUAAAAUCCUGCCAACACUGCUCCCUGCCGAUCCUGGUCAUCUGAUAACUGCUUAACCUCCGGUAUAAUCGGCAGCGGCAACUCUUUAUGGAACCGCCGCUGUACUUCGUGCAGAUGAUCAAAUCUGAUCUUAAUUGACUAUAGAAAGUUCGUGUGCUCCAUCCAACUACAAGGAUAACAGAGCCUUCUCCAACCCAACUACUGUAACAGGGACGUAAUAUAAACUAGAACCUCGUCAGAG